AUGGGGCGAAUCCCAUGUUGUGAAAAGGAGAGCGUAAAGAAGGGUCAGUGGACCCCUGAAGAAGAUCACAAGCUAUCUUCCUACAUAGCUCAACACGGGACUCGUAACUGGCGCCUGAUUCCCAAAAAUGCGGGCCUCCAAAGAUGUGGGAAGAGCUGUAGGUUAAGGUGGACCAACUAUUUACGCCCUGAUCUAAAACAUGGUCAAUUCUCUGAUGCUGAAGAACAAAUCAUUGUCAGGCUCCAUUCCGUCCUAGGAAACAGGUGGUCAGUGAUAGCGGCACAGUUGCCUGGACGCACGGAUAACGAUGUGAAGAACCAUUGGAACACAAAACUGAAAAAGAAGCUAUCGGGUAUGGGGAUUGACCCUGUGACGCAUAAGCCGUACUCACACCUCAUGGCGGAAAUAGCCACCACGCUAGCACCACCACAGGUGGCUAACCUCGCGGAAGCAACCCUCGGCUGCCUCAAAGACGAGAUGCUUCAUCUCCUCACCAAGAAACACAUUGACAUUCAAUUCCAAUCAUCACCAGCUGUGGUCAUGGUUAACACCACAUCAUCCCCUGCCUCUUAUCAUAACAACAAUAAUAUCACUAGUUCUUCUAAACAUGAAUUACUUAUAAAUGAUGAUGACGACGACGAGGAUACCAUUGAAAAGAUCAAGAUUGGAUUAUCAAGAGCAAUCAUACAAGAUGAUCCGCCAGCUGAUCAUCAGACACCGCCAAUCUCAUCCAACAGAGGACUUUGGGACAACAAUAAUAUUAAUGGGGCAGCUGGGAAUUUCCCUGGAUUUCAUUACGCGUUUCCUCAUCAUGAAGGAGAAGCAGGAUCUCCUUUAUGGAGCGGGAGCACUACAAAUCAUCAUCACUUUGAUUCUAAAAUAAUGGCGGCGGCGGAUGAUGAUGAUGAUGAAAAUAAUAAUGGGGCAGAUCAGUCUGAUGAAGGAGAAAAAGACCCAAGAAAUAAUAAUAUUUCAAGUAUGUUCGGCUCGGAUUGUGAUUUGUGGGAUGAUCUUCCUUCCAAUGAUCUCAUGAACACCCUUUAG